AUGCUGGCAAUAGUAACCUGCAGUAGCUCCAUUGUUCCCCCUUCGAGACCUCACACCGCCGCCGCCACUUUCAUCUCCGGCAAGCAUCUGCCGUUUCUCGGCCGCCGCAAGCUCUGCUGUGACGUCAUUUCACGUCUUCCGGCUCCACCCCUCACCCCAUGGGAUAAUGAGAAAGACGAUGCCCAUAUCCUCCAUGAAAGAGAUCUUGCGCAGGAAAGUUUCUCUUUCACCACUCGUCGGACGUUUUUUGCGCGUUUAGUAAUGUGCACAUGCUACUCUUAUCUUCUUACUUCAAGGUACUCUCCAGAACAAGAAGUAUUGUCACUUGAAAACUCCAAAGCUUAUGCUUUAGGAGACCCAUCAGUGACUGUUGAACAAGUCACACCUCCAGUUUUCUCUCCCGGGACACUUUUCCCAUCAGAGGAAAGAAUUGUUGAACUGUUUGAGAAGAAUACUUACUCAGUGGUCAACAUAUUUGAUGUAACUUUGCGCCCCCAACUUAAUAUUACAGGGUCCGUUGAGGUGCCUGAAGGAAAUGGUUCAGGAGUCGUCUGGGAUGAACAAGGUCAUAUCGUUACGAAUUAUCACGUUAUUGGAAAUUCUCUAUCAAGAAACCCGAGCACCGGCCAAGUUGUUGCUCGAAUCAAUAUUCUAGCUUCUGAAGGGGUACAAAAGAACUUUGAGGGUAAAUUAGUCGGUGCUGAUCGGGCAAAGGAUCUUGCUGUCUUGAAGGUUGAAGCCUCUAAAGAACUAUUGAGGCCAAUGAAGGUGGGCCCAUCAUCUUCUUUAAAAGUUGGUCAACAAUGUUUGGCGAUUGGAAAUCCGUUUGGUUUUGAUCACACGCUUACUGUUGGAGUCAUUAGCGGUCUCAAUCGAGACAUUAACAGUCAAACGGGUGUUACUAUUGGUGGAGCCCGGCAUUCAAAGUCUUCUCCUUUAGGCUCAUUUCCAACAUCANUUCCUUCAUCAACAGUAGUAAAAAUCGUGCCACAGCUAAUCCAGUUCGGCAAAGUUGUUCGAGCGGGUUUAAAUGUUGAAAUUGCUCCAGAUCUUAUUGCAAGCCAACUCAAUGUACGAAACGGAGCUUUAAUUUUGCAGGUUCCAGGAGAUAGUUUAGCAGCAAAGGCGGGUCUUUUACCAACUACAAGAGGCUUUGCGGGGAACAUUUUACUCGGGGACAUAAUUUUGGCAGUGGAUGAUAAACCUAUAAAGAGUAGAGCAGAAUUGUACAAGACAUUGGAUGAUUUCAAUGUUGGGGAAAAAGUGAUUUUAAAGAUUCAGAGAGGUACUGAAAAUUUGGAGCUACCCAUUGUUCUUGAGGAAAAGAAGGGAUGA